ACUUAUUCUUUCCAUAUCAAAAUCUAAGCUCACAAGCUACAAACAAACCUUUCAUCAUCUUUUAUUUGUCUCUCUUUCUUUCUGACCCACAAGAGAAUUUGAUUGAACCCUGAACAAGAUCAGAAAGAUUUUGCUGCAGAUUAGUAGUACUGUGAAUAUGGAUUGUGGAAGUAGUGUUGAGCGAGGUGGGCCUUGUGGUGCGUGCAAGUUUCUUCGGAGAAAGUGUGUGAAGGGAUGCAUAUUUGCACCUUACUUUGACUCCGAGCAAGGAACGGCUCAUUUUGCGGCGGUUCACAAGGUGUUUGGUGCUAGCAAUGCCUCUAAGUUACUCAUGAAGAUCCCUGCUCACAAGCGUCUUGAUGCUGUUGUUACUCUCUGCUAUGAGGCACUUGCUAGGGUUAGAGACCCAGUUUAUGGCUGUGUUGGCCACAUCUUUUUUCUUCAACAACAGGUCAUGAACUUGCAGGCAGAGUUAACCUAUGUUCAAGCACGUCUGGCAACAAUGCAGCCCCUCCCAAUCCCAGUAGCUCCUUCUCUUCAAAACCCUCAAUCCUCUUCGCCAACAAGCUUUCAUUCCUCCUCAGAUCACUUGGCAACAAAUGUUGACUUGCAAAGUGCCUCUAACAUGUAUAUGCACUUUGACCCUCUACAGCCACAUUCAACAUCAUUAGAGUUGAGCAACUUUUUCAACACAUCAGAUCAACAACUUGAGGAUGGGGAGCUCCAAGCUUUGGCUCGAGAAUUUGUGUCUAGGUACUUGCCUGGAGUAAGAUUCCAGCCAUCUGAUUCUCACUAAGGUUUUUUCCAAUUUGCUUUCAUCUAAUUCUAGCAUUCCAAUGCCAAUGCUUGUUCUUCUUCUUCUUCUUUUGUCUAAUUUGCUUCAUUUGCUUAGCCUGUAAUGGUACCUCGGCUAAGAAAUUUCCAACUUUUGGUAAUCAAAGUAGUUGUAAUACAAUAGUAGUAUUCACUAUGCAAUGUUGUAUCAGGUUUAAAUACUA